AUGAAUUAUAGAAAGGAAAGAGAUGUAAAAGAUGUAGAAGUACAAUUUAAUGAUAUAAAAGAGACAAAUAAAGUAGAAUUAGAAACAUCCGGAUCAAAUUUAAAUAAAGGCUUAGAAUCUGUCAGUGAAAAUGUAAAGAUUGAAGAAGAUUUAAAAGUUGAAGAAAACUUGAAGAAUGAAAAUGUAAAGAAAAUUAAAUUUGCAAAUGUUGAAGCUGAAAAAAUACAAGGAGAUAAAAGUUUUACCGAUUGUAAAAUAAAAGAAAAUAGUGUGAGUAUAAAUGAGGAUAGAAGCUUUGUUGAAAUACCUUUUGUUAUUAAAAAAGAAGAAUCAUUUCAAGAUAAGCAAAUAAUUAAUUUAGAUGAAAUAAGAGAAAAUUUAAAUCAAUUGAAAGAAGGAAUGAAUAUUUAUACCAACCAAUUUGUUGAAUUUAAAGGAUAUUUUAUUGAUGAGAUAAAUAAUCUAGUAAAUGAAUAUCAUGAAGAAUUAAAGUUAAAAGAUGUUGAAAUUGAUAGUAUAACUAAGUUACAUAAAUUGGAAUUAGUUGAUAAAGAAGAUAAGUUAAAAGAUGAAUAUGAUAAUGUGAUUAGUGAAAUGAACAAAGGGAAGUUAGAAGAAAAAAUUGAAAUAUUAAAUAAAACAAUAGAUUUAUUGAAAGAUGCAGAUGUCAGAUAUGAAAAAUUAAGAAAAAGUAUAAAUAUUUUAGGAAAUAAAUACGAAACAUUUAAAGAAAAAUAUUUAAACCUUAAAGAAAUGAAUGAGAAAAUUGAAAACGAAAAUAAGAAACUACAGAUAUGUUUAGAUGAAAAAGAAGAUGAUAUUUCUGAUAUGAUGGUUAAAUUAACACAUUCUGCUCAUAAAUCAAAAAUGAAUUUAGAUGCAAUUGAUUUUCUUAAUAAGGAAAAAGAAGGUUAUAUGAUUAAACAUAAUAAUUUGAUUAAUGAAAACAAUGUUUUAAAGGAUAAAAUUAAAGUGAUUAAACAGUUUAAUGUUAAUGAUCUAGUAAGUGAAAUAUUGGAAAUUCAAAUGAAAAUACAAGAACUCAAUGGUGGAUUUAUAAAAAUCAAAGAAAAUAAUGAGUAUCUUUGUAAUAGAAACAAAGACCUUGAAAGUUUAACAUGUCAAUUGAAUGUUGAAUUAAAAUCAACAACCGAACAUCUUAGAGUAGAAAAUGACAAAAUUGUUAGUUUAAAAACAGAAAUAAUUAAUGAUUUAAAUGAAAAGCACCUUAAAGCUAGUGAAUUAAUAAACAAACAGAAAAGCGUUAUUGAAAGUUUAAGAGAAGAAAGAGAGAAUUAUUUAAAAGAAAAAGAUUUGAAAGACUCUUAUAUAAAGAAACUUGAAGAAAAUUACCAGAAAGAAAUUACUAAAAGUGAUAAAUAUUUAGAAAUGCUGUGUAAAACUGAUCUAGAACAAAAUAAGAAUAAAUCAGUAAUGAAUUUAGAUUUGGAUGACAUUCUUGAUGAAAAUAAAUAA